CGAAAAAACUGACAAAAUAUUAUUAAAUAUCUGUUACCGUUUAAAGCUCUCUCUCUCCAUCUCUCUCUCUCCCCUUCUCAGCUCUCUCUAUCGUUUUCUUCCCGCGGCGUCGUCGUCGUCUGGAUCCGGGCUUCUUCUCCAAACCCCUGCCUUGGCGCUUGGAAUCCUUCUCGCGUUCUUAAUAGAAUAGAAUUCUCGAUCGCUUCUCCCACGCUUCUUUGCGGCCUCUCCUUUCGCUUCUCUCUGAGAGCAGCCAGAGGCGGUUAGUUGGAGAGUUGCUUACGAAAGCGAGCGAUUGGAGGAAACCCUAGGAUUGUUUGUUGGUUUUCUUCGAUCUUUUUUUACUGGUUUUGAGUUCAAGCGGGGGAAAAAAGGUAUGUUUAGGGUUUUUGAUCUUGCUUACGGUUUCUUGGGCUUGGCAUAAAAAGAGGGAUAGAUGGUGGCGGAAGUGAAGCGGGAGGACAAGAAGGGAGAGCGGAUUCAGGAAGCCACUCCGACUUUGGAUAUUGGAUCGGAAACAAAGCCUAUGACUAUUCCUGGAAGAACAAGUGGUCCAACCAGAAGAUCAACAAAGGGAGGAUGGACAGAUGAGGAGGAUGAUUUGUUGAUCAAAGCUGUAAGACAAUUCAAUGGAAAAAACUGGAAGAAAAUAGCUGAAUUAUUUCCAGAUCGAACAGAUGUUCAGUGUCUCCACCGCUGGCAAAAGGUUCUCAACCCGGAGCUAGUUAAAGGAACCUGGACCAGGGAGGAAGAUGACCUUAUUAUUCAGCUAGUUGAAAAGCAUGGAUACAAGAGGUGGUCGGUCAUUGCAAAGUCCUUGCCAGGUCGUAUAGGCAAGCAAUGUAGGGAGAGGUGGCACAACCACUUGAACCCCGCAAUAAAAAAGGAUGCAUGGACAAGAGAGGAAGAGGAGGUUCUAGUUCGUGCGCAUCAAAUAUAUGGAAAUAAAUGGGCAGAAAUAGCCAAGUAUUUACCUGGAAGGACAGAUAACUCCAUAAAGAAUCAUUGGAAUUGUUCUGUCAAGAAGAGAUUGGAUUCAUACCUAGCAUCAGGGUUUAUGGAACAGCCUCUUGGGGCUGUUGAUCGUGUACAAAAUGCAAAAUGUUCAGAAGCUAAUCCUCUGAAGAGAUCUGCAAUUGGGUUUACAUCACGUGAUUGGAAACUAAAUGCAGAUAGGCUUAUUACUUUUAAUGUGGGUUUGGGUCAUCAAAAUACCAGCCCAAAAAGGCAGUGUUUGGACUUGCAGUCAACUUCUAGAGGAGAUUCCAAGUGUUUAAGGGCUGGGAGUAUACCUACACUGCCAGAAGAUUCAAAACAUUUAAGCAUAGAGGUGGAAUCAAAUGAAGAAGAUGAUUCUAAGUACACAACAUCAGUGGAAACCGAUUAUGAAUCUUCAAAAAGAUCACAAUCGAACUUGUCAAGUUCUGUUGAGUUGGCCCUUGGUGAUAUGAACAAAAAUAAUAGAGAUACCAGUAUUUCAAGUUUACCAGCAUGCAAACAAAGUCACAGCGACAUGACUGCUGGUAUCAACAGAAUUCUUACUACACGUUUACAUUGUGAGAAUGAGAAUCUUGGUUCCUCGUGUUAUGCACCUUUGCAGUGGAUGAAUGUUGAUGGUUGCCUUUCAAGUGAAAAGUUAUUUAGAUCUAAUAAUCAUAUUCAACCUACGCCGAGCCCCAUUCAUUGUUCUACACCGCCAGACCUUUCUUUAAGUCUUGCUUGUAUACCAAGCAGCCCAGAGUCUAUUUUAAGAAGUGCAGCAAAGGGUUUUAAAAAAACUCCUUCUAUUAUCAGAAAAAGAGGGCGCAAUAGUUAUAAGCCAUUGUUUCCAGAAAAGUUGAAGAUGGAAACCAUGGAUGCAAAUUGUCCUUCUGGCGUUAACAAUUUUCAAUGGAGGGCUAAAAAUUUUAAGGAUGAUUUGGAGUCUGAAUAUGUGCAUCAGACAGGAAGCAACAACCAAGUAAAUUUAAACAGAUCUGUUUAUCUGAGUGGUGACCAGCUUUGCUCCUCUCAUAAGAAACAUGAAGAUUUUGCUGUCACAAAGUCUGUAGAAAAAAGGCUAGAAGGAGAGUUCAAUGCAGAGUGUGGUCUGUCAUUGUGAAUAUGUAGCUUAUACACAAGGUUCAGCUGCAACAGCAACUGACAGAGAAUACAUGCUUUCUUACAGAUGAAAGACAAUGCUGAAGAAGGUACUCUUCUCGUGUACCAAAAGUUGUACCGUGAAUCCAGUUAAUCAGGAAGUACUUUGCAAUCUCUCUUGGCGUCCACCACCUGAAAGGCCUAUGUGAGCCCACUGCAUUUUUUUAUCUUCAGAUUUAUUCCUAUGCGUUAUGACAUUUUUGUCACGUACAGUGGUUAAUGGUUUUUUGAAUCAACAUAGUAGUUAGUGGUUUGAGACAAAAAAGUCUCAGCGUAUUGGUUUAUACAUAUUGGUUAUCAAAUCCUAAUGUUUCUUUUCUUUUUGGGGCGUUUAAACACUUAUCACACCAACAUUUUGGAUUAAAAUUAGUAGAAAUAAUUC